AUGGCCGCUGCAUGGACCAGGACCUACCGCUACCUUCAACGGCAAGCCCACGAGCAGCCCGUCAUUUUCUACUCCGUCAUCAUAGGCCUCAUUGGCCCCGUCAUGGUCGUCACCGUUCCGCCAAUCCGUAAAUCGCUUGGCUGGAAACCUGCAGAGCCCAUUCCAACGUCUUACCCUGUUCCGAACAGGCCCAGGAGAGCGAUCUCAGGAUACGAUGACGAGUGA